UGCAUUCGCUCCUUUUAUGUUUAUGGGUGUGUGGUCAAGCCUUUGCAAGUAGUUGAACAGUAAUACACCAUUUCACACAGUAAUGCUAAUAUCUCUUCAGAGGAAAAAUCAAACAUCAACUAGCCCUUCAAUUCAAUGGAUUUCGUUUUCCAAAUUACUGAGUUUCCAUUGAUAUAACUUCAGCUGUACUCAAUCUUGUUUUUGUAUACAUAGGGAACUAAGAUUCCCCAAAAAGAAAAAGCAAAGCAAGAUUCAGAAGAAGAAAGAAACAUUUAAAAGAUCUUUACUUCUUUUUUUUUCUGAACUUGUGUUCUAAGGCUGAUUUAAUGGGUUUUUCUUUUAACUCUUUACGUUUUUCUUCUUCUCCCAAUUCUUCAUUGUUAACUUCAUUCUCUUCGUGUUUGAAUUCUACCCAAUCAAAUCAGAGGUUGCAUAAAAGGGGUGUUUCUUUUUCUGAUUCUCCAUCAACUUCUGUAGAAUUUAGUUCCAGAAUUGCCUUCACGCCCAACAAGCGAUUUCCUGCUAUUAAGGCACACGCUACCGCUACACGAACUGAGGAACCAAAAUGGUGGGAACGAAAUGCAGGGCCUAACAUGCUUGAUAUUCAUUCGACACAAGAAUUCUUGGAUGCUCUGUGUCAGGCUGGAGAUAGACUUGUUAUUGUAGAAUUCUAUGGAACAUGGUGUGCUUCCUGCAAAGCACUAUUUCCCAAGUUCUGCAGAACAGCCCAGGAACACCCCGAAAUCAUGUUUCUGAAAGUCAAUUUUGAUGCAAAUAAGUCAAUGUGCAAAGCUUUGAAUGUAAAAGUCCUCCCAUAUUUCCAUUUCUACCGCGGAGCUGAUGGACAGCUAGAGUCCUUCUCUUGCUCACUGGCGAAAUUCCAGAAGAUAAAAGAUGCAAUCCAAUUACAUAACACAGACCGCUGCAGUAUUGGCCCGCCAAUAGGAGUGGGAGACCUCACACUUGAACUCCUUUCUGGGACAAAGGAUAUAUCCGCUGCAGCUUCUUCUACUUAGAGUUGCUUGUGUGUUUCAAUCUCUAUAUUAAUAGCUUGCGUUCGAGCAACCACGAAAGAUAUUUACGAUGGUUUCUAUGUAUGGUCAUUGUCACUUUUUGGUUGCUACGUACAUUUUGCACCACUCUAGUUAAUGAUGUAAUUAUAUGCUCCAUUCUUUGAUACCAUUGAUACUUGCAGCUUAUAUGGGAUUAUUCAAUGUAAUUUUGUUCAUUAUGUGGACCAUUUGAGUCAAAAGCACUACUUCUUGUCAUU